GCUCCCUUUGUGGCAGCCGCCAUGGCGGCCGAGCGGGCUCCGCCGGCCCGGGCCCAACCUCCGCCCCCCGGCCCCGCUCCCGGCCCCGCUCCGGGCCCCGCUCCGGGCCCCGAGCCCGCGGCACGAACCGGCCUCAGCCUGCCGGGCAUCCUGCACUUCAUCCAGCACGAGUGGGCGCGGUUCGAGGCGGAGAAAGGGCGCUGGGAAGCGGAGAGGGCCGAGCUGCAGGCGCAGGUGGCGUUCCUGCAGGGCGAGCGCCAGGGCCAGGAGAGCCUCAAGCUGGACCUGGUGCGGCGGAUCCGGAUGCUGGAGUUCGCCCUCAAGCAGGAGAGGUCCAAGUACCACAAGCUGAAGUUCGGGGCGGAGGCGGCGCCGGGGGAGAAGCGCCCGGAGGAGCCGCUGUCCAACGGCCCCGUGGAGCUCGAGGGGGCCUGGAAGGAGGGGAGGCAGCUCCUGCGCCAGUACCUGGAGGAGCUGGGCUACAGCGACACCAUCCUGGACAUGCGCUCCCGGCGGCUGCGCUCGCUGCUGGGCCGCGGCCCCCCCGGCAAUCCGGGAUGCCCCGGGCCCCCCCCCAGCCCCGGGAGCCCCCCCCUCCCCUCCCCCCACGCGGGGUCGCUGCUGCUGCGCAGAAUCGAGGAGCAGAUCCAGAGGAACGCCGGGAAGGAGCCGCAGGCGGGGCUGAGCCCCUCCCCCCCCGAGGACGACAGCGACGAGGAAGAGGAGCCCGAGGGCCCCUCCCCCACCCCGGGGCACCCCCGCAGGAGGGGCAAGGCUGUCCCCAAGGUCCCCGAGGAGGACGAGGACGAGGACGAGGACGAGGAGGACUCCGAGGACGCCCUGGGCGAGUUCGACUUCCUGGGGACACCUGGGGACACCUUGGGGACACCUGGGGACAUCAGAGAGAGCCACCGGUGCCACCUGCGGGACGGGGACCUCGGGCCACCGCGGCCACCGGGGCCACUGCGGCCACCCGAAGGGGUCCCGGCUGAGGCGCUGGCCCUGGAUGGCCUCGGGGACCUGGCGGAGCUGACGGUGACAAAUGACAACGACGGCGGUGACGUGACGAGUGGCCGGCCGCUGUCCCCGAAGCGCAGCUGGAGCCCGCGCCUGACGCUGCGCAGCCACUACGACGCCGUGCGGGCGCUGGCCUUUGUCCCUUGUCACCCGGCGCUGGUGACGGCCUCCGAGGACGCCACCCUCAAGCUCUGGAACCUGCAGAAGCCGCUUGUCCCCAAGAAGAGCGCGGCGCUGGACGUGGAGCCGGUGUACGCCUUCCGCGGGCACAGGGGCCCGGUGCUGGCGGUGGCGGGUGGCGGCGGGUCCGGGCUGUGCUGCAGCGCCGGCGCGGACGCUCGGAUCCGCUGCUGGCGCCUGCCGGGGCUGGACAGCGACCCCUACGAUGACUACGACCCGCGGGUGCUGCGGGGGGUCCUCGAUGGCCACUCGGACGCCGUCUGGGGCCUGGCCUUCGAUGUCACCGGGCGUCACCUGGCCUCGUGCUCGGCCGAUGGCACCGUGCGCCUCUGGGACCCCCGCGGGGACAGCGGCGGCGGUGGCACCUCGGGCGAUCACGGUGUCCCCACCUCGGUGGCAUUCGUGCCCACCCAGCCGGCGCACCUGGUGGCCGGGUUCCGCUCCGGUGCCACCGUCCUCUACGACCUCGAGGCCACCAAGGCCACCCUGGUGUCCCCAAACGGCGGUGGCCGUGCCCAGGUGAACCAGGUGGUCACUCACCCCUCGCAGCCGCUGACCGUCACGGCCAGCGAUGACCGCGCCAUUCGCUACCUGGACAACCGCACAGGUAAGGUGGUGCACUCGAUGGUCGCUCACCUGGACGCCGUCACCUGCCUGGCCCUGGACCCCAGCGGCGCCUUCCUGCUGUCCGGCAGUCACGACUGCUCCCUGCGGCUGUGGCACCUGUGCCAGCGCACCUGUGUGCAGGAGCUGCCCGCUCACCGCCGCAAGCACGACGAGGCCGUGCUGGCCGUGGCCUUCCACCCCCGGCGCGCCCUCAGCGCCAGCGCCGGCGCCGACGCCCUGGCCAAGGUGUUCGUCUGACACCUGGGCACACCUGGGCACACCUGGGCACACCUGGGGACCACACCUGGGCACACCUGGAGACACCUGGGGACAGCGCCAGGACGGGUCAGGACGUGGUGCCGUUUGUUUCUCUGCGUGUCGGUGGCACCUGUCACCUGCCCCAGACCGGGGUGGCACCUGAGCACACCUGGGCACACCUGGACACACCUGGGCACACCUGGGGACAGCGCCAG